AUGGCUGGCUCGGAUGAAGCAAACAGUCAUCCUGCAAACGGGAACAACACCAGGAUUAAUAUCACUGGUGCCGAACUGCAAGCAAUGAUCACCGCAGCAGUUUCUCAGGCGGUAGAUGCUAAAUUUAAAGAGCCAAUCACUGCUGAACCCAAACGCAUUGCGCGUUUCAUCGGUGGCUUAGCCCCUGAAGUAAAGGGGAAUGUUAAGGCCUCUAAGCCAGCCACUUAUAGAUCUGCUGUGGAUCUAUCAUUGUCCCUCAGUUUGGAUGUUGUGAGGAGUAGGGCAAAGAAAGCUACUGAUGAAGGGAAAAGGAAAAGAGAGGAUGACAAGUCUCCUCAGCUAAACAAAAAGAACAAAGGGAACUCUGGUUCCAAAAAGGGACAGUCGAAUGAUAAGCCCAGGUGCAAAACCUGUUAUAAAAGGCACUUUGGAAAGUGCAACCAAGACCCACAGGCCAAACCAUGUGGGAUCUGCAAAAAGAAAGGGCACAAGUCGGUUGAGUGCCGAAAUAUCAAAGAUGCAACUUGCUAUGGUUGCAAUGAAAAGGGGCACAUCAAAACCAAUUGCCCCAAGAAUGCAAAGAAGCCCGAGGAGGCAAAGAAAACAAAUGCAAGAGUUUUCCAGAUGCAAGUGAGGGAAGCGGUGAACGACGAGAACGUCAUAACAGAAUCACUCUAUCCCGCUAUCCCGCUUGCCAAUGAAAUUGGCUGGGUUUGA